GGUCGCUUUGGUAACCAGGCUGAGCACUUUUUAGGAGCCCUGGCUUUCGCCCGUGCCCUCAACCGGACCCUGGCCGUGCCGCCCUGGAUCGAGUACCGGCACCACCGCCCGCCCUACACCAACCUGCACGUUCCCUACUCGGAGCACUUCAGGCUGGAGCCACUCCGGCGGUACCACCGCGUUAUCAGCCUGGAGGAGUUCAUGGAGCAGCUGGCGCCCCUGCACUGGCCUCCCGGCAAGCGAGUGGCUUACUGCUUCGAGGCGGCGGCACAGAGAAGCGCGGACAAAAACACUUGUCCCAUGAAGGAUGGAAAUCCCUUCGGUCCCUUCUGGGAUCAGUUCCAAGUGGAUUUUGAUAAGUCUGAGCUCUUCAAGGGUAUUUCCUUCAGUCCUGCAUACAAGGACCAUUGGAUCCAAAGGUUUCCACCCUCUGAGCACCCUGUCCUUGCCUUACCUGGAGCUCCCGCCCAGUUUCCUGUCUUGGAGGAGCACCGGCCCCUCCAGAAGUACAUGGAGUGGUCUGAUGGAAUGGUGAAGAAGGGAGAAGCCUAUAUCCAGUCCCUGCUGGUCCGGCCCUACGUCGGCAUUCACCUGCGGAUCGGUUCAGACUGGAAAAAUGCCUGCAACAUGUUGAAGGAUGGGACAGCUGGGCCACACUUCAUGGCUUCACCACAGUGCGUGGGCUACGACCGGAGCACUGCAGUGCCUCUCACCAUGGACAUGUGCCUGCCUGACCUCAGAGAGAUCAAACGUGCUCUCAGGGUCUGGGUGAACAAGAUUGAGGCUAAAUCUGUUUAUAUUGCUACUGAUUCCGAGCCCUACACAACAGAAAUACAGCAGUUCUUCCAAGGAAAGCUCAAGGUUGUCAGCUUGCAGCCAGAAGUGCCUCAGAUUGAUCUGUACAUCCUUGGCCAGUCCGAUCACUUCAUUGGGAACUGUGUCUCUUCCUUCACUGCCUUUGUGAAAAGAGAGCGUGAUAUCCAUGGGAAACCCUCCUCGUUUUUCGGCAUGGAUCACCCCCCGAGGCCACGGGAUGAGUUCUGACCAAAGGAGGAACAGGCUCUGUAGUUCUCAGGGCUCUGAGCUCGGUCCUUGCCGAGGGACACUCGGUGCUGCAGUGUUGUGCAGUCACUGCCAGGCUGCUCACACCCUCUGACCCUCCUCAUGUCUCUUCCAGACUGUUCUGUCUGGAAUCUCCUGUAUUUCCAACAUGAGGUCAGAUAGAAAUUUGAAAUCAUGUAGUUUAUAGGAAACUAUAAACUAUAUAUAGUGUAAGAUGUAGUUUUUAUAGCUCUCCAUUCUCACUAUUUGGGGUUCACCAGCAAUCACAGUGAAGCAGCUGCAUAGAUUUACUCUUCUCCUUUUCUCUUCUGUUGAAUCU